AGGUCCCCCCACUAACACAAUCUCUUUACAAUCAUUCGAGACAAGCUAGUACCGCCGUCGUCUGCAGCCGUUAGACGCUCGCAAGAUCGCCCACCUGCCGUCGAGUACCACACUGCUUUGUCCUCCAUCGACCCUCUCGUCAGACCGCCAUCACCGUCCGAAAGCAGCAAUUCCAACACUCCCGAGGAAGUCAAGCACUUGGCUCCACCAAAAGAUCAAAACUACGAGAGCGGCUUUGCUUCUGCUUCAUCUGUUGAAGAGAAUUCUUUCUCAAUCGCCACACGUAGGAGACGGCCGGUUGUAGAGCCCAUGAUAGCGAAACUGGAUCCAUGGCGGAUCGAAGACGAUGGCGAAGAGAUUCUCGAUGUGUCUGCCGGAGAGCGCAUCAUAUGGAUUAUCUCUGCAUUAUGGGCAGCCAAAAGAUUAUAUGAUACCCAGGCUAUUGUUCAAAAUGAUACACCGACUUUUCUGGCCCGAUCGCUUGUUGUGUUCACCUGCCUCUCUUUCCUUGCCACGUUGCUCAGCUUUCGAGCAAAGCCGAAAUCGGCAUCGGAUAUUUCCUCUUCAUACUCAUCAGAUGAUGCUGAUGGCGAUGUAAACAUAGAAAAGGUUGUGGAUUCUCCUUCAAGGAAAAGGCGAACACAUGAUGCCAGGCCUUUCAACGGCCGGAAUGGAUCAGCAUCUUCAGAAAAAGUCACAAAGCUCAGAGACACAAGGGUUGGUCGCAGUCGUUUAUUUGGGAAAAGCAGAGCAUGUUUUAGGAGUGGCGCUGAUGAUGGUGCUCUUUGCGGUAUUCUGUUGACUCCACUGCUAGCUUCUGCCAAAUAUGCCAGCACUGCUAGCAAUGUUACGGAUGAGAAGGAUACGACGAAUGACUUGGCGUACUACCAUGCCGUUUUUGAACUUGUUCUACUGUUUGGUAUAAUCAGUACCUUCCAUAUUCACGCAAGUUACUUUAUGCGCCCGUUUCGUCGACUAAGUCUCAAGUAUGGUGUGCUUGUCUCCACCUUGAUAAUAUCGAGUGGAUUAACGGUUGUGCUGGUUCGAUUCAUACCGUUUACAACGAUAUUGCAAACUCUUCCUCUCGGUUAUGUACUGAUGCAUAUCAUCAUAUUCCAACUCAACCUUUAUUUGUGCGCAACAGCACUAAGAAGAAGCUUUACGUUUGGUGAGAUGUGUCUAAUUGCACAGGCCGGUACCUUUCUUGUUAUGAACGCAACUACUAUAUUAAUGUGUAAAUUCAUGCCAAACCAUUUACCUCGCUUUAUUUCUGGAAAUGGCAAGUUAUCGCCAAUUAAGGUGCUCGGUCAUGCCGUUAUCCUUGGCAUCCUUUUCAUUGGCCUAAUAACUUAUCCUAUCCUCUGGCACUCUCGAAGUCUUGCACAAAGACGGUAUUGGAAGACCUUAUCGACUGGAAAUACACGACAGUCCUCCCUUCGUCAACGCAAAAUUCUAACUGCCCUGAGCAUAUAUCUCAUCACAGCACUGGCAGUCAUCUUUUUGAUUUCCCCUCUUUGCACUUCAUUGCUAGGAGAAAACGCAUUUCUAUGGACUGUAAAAUACGUGUUCAUGUCACCUCCGCGUAUAACGUUAUGCUUGUUCUGGGCUAUAGCUAUCGCAAUUACAGUCGUUAUUUGGGUACUUGUCCUUGAUGUGCAUGACUCACCGCAGUCUGCUCACGUUGGUACUCAGCCGGCGACAGUGAAGCAGUUAACAAGUAGCUUAAACAAGAAGAGAAAAUUAUUCCAUGCGCUUGCAGUGGUUAUGUUUGUUCCUGGACUGCUCUACGAGCCAGCAUUCCUACAACUCGCUUUCUCGGUUGCUCUAGGCGCAUUUAUAUACUUGGAGUACUUGCGUUUUUUUGCGGUUUGGCCGUAUGGCAAAAGUAUCCACAUUUUCUUGACUGAAUUUAUUGACAGUCGGGAUCUCGGACCUGUCAUUUUAAGUCAUGUUUAUCUUUUACUUGGAUGUGCUGAAUCCGUCUGGUUAGAAGGAUCGAGCGUCUUGGCUAGUCUCUCUGGUAUCCUUACCCUCGGCUUUGGAGAUGCUAUGGCAUCCAUUGUUGGCAAGCGCUUCGGUCGAAUCCGAUGGUUCCGUAGCCACAAAACAAUCGAAGGAACUUUAGCAUUUGUCCUCAGUGUCUUGUUUGGUUCAGGACUUAUCUUAUAUACCAUGUCGCCUCUUUCUCUUAAAUUUGAUGCGAAUGUCUGGGGAUGGUACACUAUUGUGGUCUCCAUGACUGGUUUGAUGGAGGCAUUCUCUACGCAAAAUGAUAACCUUGUGGUUCCCCUGUUCAUGUUCGCCUUAAUAGAAUUAGCAUACUAAAAUAUACAAUAUACGUUCAGACGUAGAGCCUUUCAGUAACAUCAUGUGUGGAGUAAAAACAAAAAGAAAUACAAUACAGUUGAUGCGCUGGCUAGUACGUUAUUAGAACCAAAAACGAUAUGCUCAAUGAUUGCUAUGAAAAAGACAGGCUAUGUUUCAAUACAGUGAU